AUGGUGGAUAGUGAUAAUGAUUACACCUCAGAAGACAGUAAAAAGAGAAGUCUAGAGAUAGAUGCAGACAAUAUUUUUAACAAGAGCAAGAAACUAUCCAGAACACCAACCAAACAACAGAAAGAUGAAAACAAAAUUGAUCAGCUUUUAAAAAUGAUGCAAAAUUUAACAGAUCAAACACAAAAUUUAACAUCGGAGAAUGGAACUUCAAACAUAGACGACUCAUUGUUAACAGAAGGAAAAGUUGACUUAAUAUUUCCUAAUCGUAGUCGUUGUGAUUCGACUAGCUGUAGUUCGUCUAUUGACUCGUCAACCAGCUCAUCAAGCUCUUUCAGUGAAGAUAGCGACGACUCCUUAAAAGACCCAGACUAUGAAGAUGCAGAACUAAGACAUCGUAAUCGAAGAAAUGCUUCAUGUUCUGACGAAUAA